CAAGGAGAAGGUCUGACCUAAUUUGGAGGUGUGUUGUAGUGUUGGUGAGGGUUUCGCAGGUACCCCUGGAUUGUCGACGGUGCGGUGGAGGUUUGGAGCCAUGUCGGGACCUGUUCACCAUGUCUACAGGGACCUGCUCAAGGCUGUGCGCAAGCAUGCCGCAGCCGAUCAUUUCAGCAGCUUUGUCCGUCAGAGUUUUCGUGACUCGAUUGCCUCGAAAGAUGCCGAUGCCUUGCAGAAAAGCCUCGCUUUAGCUAAGGAUUAUGCGUAUUUAGUCAGGAGCGUUCAUGCUCACAAGGAUCUCCUCAUCUCCUAUAACAUCGGUGUAGAUAGGGAGACAGAGCAGUCAGUUCGAUUGAAAGACACUGCUAACAGAGUUGGACUUUCCAUGCCAAAGCUCUUUGAAGAAGAGCAGUCGAAAUGACGUCCAUCUUUCAUCAAGCAUGCACAGAAUUGAUCCCUUACUGGUGUAGAUCCCAGUCGAAAGCUGCAACAGAUACAUCUGGGACGUGGUUAUCUAAUCGGAUCCAAUACGACGGCUCGCUUUUGAUGCUCUGCUUGCCAUUCGCUUGGGCUAGCCCUGUGGAAGUAUUGUGAUACACGCGUUAAGACUAAAGUUGAUGAAAAGACACGCAAUGUGCUGACUAAUUAUGUUGUCACAGCAUGUCGUCACCAAUGUAUUUCUUGGGACUACGUUCACUCGCCCACCUUCGUCGUAUCUCGAAGUUCUCGUUUGACAGAAACAGUAUUCCCAUAUACAGUUCUGCGUGCACGUUGGGUGAAAUUCCAUUCUUUUGUUCCGAGGCGCUUGUGUCUAGCAUCCAUGUAGCGUUGCGUAGGACUUCGGAGUUCUCAGAGGACCACCAAGCAUGUAUUUUGAUUUCUACAUUUACGUGCGGUUUGUGACAGGAAACAUUAGAGUAAUUUCCUCUCAUUGAAUACUUGUUAAGAGCUAA